UUCAAAAACCUGCACAAAUCUUUUACUUUGUCUCCCUUUAAUUUUUGUUCUUCCUUUCUGGCCAAAUUCUCGAAUCUUCCUACCACACCAGAGAUAGCUAGAACUGCAUAAGUGAGUGCUCUUUCGGCGUAAACCCAUUUGGAGCCGUCCAAAACGAAGAAUAAUAGCUGAGAAGGCGAUGGUUGUCCACAAUGUCCAGAGUGGAAACAAUGGAAAUAAAUGACAGCAGCAAUGCACAUUCCCAUGAUAAUGGGCAUUUGAGAGGUUCAACUAACUCCAGCAAAGAGAAUUCUUCCGAAAAAGAUGUCUUUGUUAACCAUGCUGAGGUAGCUUGGCAUGAAAGACGAAAACAGUGGGUGGGUGAUCCGUCUCAAAAGUCACAGAGAAUGCUUAGAGAACCGAUUAUGAGUUGGACCACAACAUAUGAGGAUCUGCUUUGCUCUACGGAACCUUUUCAACAGCCAAUUCCCUUAGCUGAGAUGGUGGACUUCUUAGUUGACAUAUGGCAUGAAGAAGGCCUUUAUGACUAGACUACUGGAAAAUUAGUCAUGUUGGCUGCACAAUGUUGCUUGUGCAGAUCACCCAUAGGCUGUGCUGACGUUUUCCCUGGGAACUGGAUGAAUUGGUACAUAAUUGAUGAUUCUCUUGUUCUUGAUUUACUGAACGACAUUUGAAAUGUAAAGUUAAUUGAAUCUAGUAUCUUGCUAUAGGCUUUUUACUGAUGGCCGUAUGUUAAACUAAAUUUCUGAAGACAACUGUUAUUUCCUUUGAUCUUCAUCUUCCUGUUACUCUGGUAAAGCAAGGUAACUUUAGAGAAAGCCAGGACAGAAUAGCAAAAGUUUGAGUAUUGUAAGUUACUAUUGUUCUAUCCUGGGAGGAAGUAUAUGAAGAUUAGGCUGCUUCUUUAUUGUCAA